GAGAGAAGACAAUGGAAGAGCCAUUUCUUCAGCGAGAGGAGCUGGUCACCACUAAGGCCACAUGGCCAAGUGGUCAGCUCACGGCCGAGCUGAAGAGAGUGAGUCGCUUGGCUGCUCCUAUGGCUACUGUGACUAUUGCUCAGUACUUAUUGCCUGUUAUCUCAGUCAUGGUUGCUGGUCACAACGGCGAGCUCCAGCUCUCCGGUGUUGCUCUUGCCACAUCCUUCACAAACGUUACUGGUUUUAGUAUUAUGUAUGGAUUAGUGGGUGCACUAGAAACUCUUUGUGGCCAAGCUUAUGGAGCCAAGCAAUAUGAAAAAAUAGGAACUUACGCAUACUCAGCAAUUGCUUCCAACAUACCUAUUUGUUUCCUCAUAUCAAUUCUAUGGAUUUACAUCGAGAAGAUCUUGAUUUCUCUCGGACAAGACCCUGACAUAUCAAGAAUCGCUGGCUCUUACGCUUUUUGGCUCAUACCGGUUUUGUACGCCCAAGCGAUUGUCAUACCGCUGACCAGGUUUCUGCUGACACAAGGGUUGGUUCUCCCUUUGCUCUACACUGCCGUAACCACACUUUUGUUCCACGUUUUGGUUUGUUGGGCUUUGGUUUUCGUGUUUGUUCUGGGAGGCAAUGGACCUGCCAUGGCUACUAGUGUGUCUUUCUGGUUUUAUGCUAUGAUGCUAUCAUGUUAUGUGAGAUUCUCCAGUUCUUGUGAGAAGACUCGCGGAUUUGUGUCUGAAGAUUUUGUGUCUUGUGUUAAGCAGUUCUUCCAAUACGGAAUCCCAUCAGCUGCAAUGAUUUGCCUAGAAUGGUGGCUAUUUGAACUACUCCUACUCUGCUCAGGUCUUCUCCCUAACCCGAAACUCGAGACCUCUGUUCUUUCGAUAUGUCUUACAACAGAAACUUUACACUAUGUAAUUUCAUCCGGAGUCGCGGCAGCUGUGAGCACACGUGUAUCAAACAGUUUGGGAGCUGGAAACCCUCAAGUUGCUAGGGUUUCAGUAUUAGCAGGGCUUUGUCUCUGGCUAGUAGAGUCAGCUUUCUUUAGCAUACUUCUCUUCACCUGUAGGAACAUCGUAGGCUACACAUUCAGCAACAGCAAAGAAGUUGUAGACUAUGUGGCUGACCUAUCUCCAUUGCUCUGUCUCUCCUUUAUUCUCGACGGCUUCACUGCAGUUCUUAAUGGUGUUGCUAGAGGAAGUGGUUGGCAACACAUUGGUGCUUGGAACAAUAUUGUUUCUUAUUACCUUGUAGGAGCUCCUGUUGGAAUUUACUUAGCUUUCAGUCAUGAUCUUAAAGGAAAAGGACUUUGGUGUGGUGUUGUGGUUGGAUCCACUGUGCAAGCCACUGUACUAGCUAUUGUUACAGCUUCCAUGAACUGGAAGGAACAGGCUGAGAAGGCUAGGAAAAGAAUAGUCUCAACUGAAAAUGAAUUAGCAUAAAACGAAGUGUGUUCCCUAAUCAAGUUUUAAUAAGAGAGAGAGAUCUAAUGAUUUCAUCAUAUUUUUUGGUAUACAAAAUAUUUGCAAUGUAAUGGUUACAAGUGAAUAAAAGACAUCAUUGGUUCCAAA